UAGACAACGAAAGGUAGAUUUGGUGAAGGUUGGUUGUGUGCUGCUGCUGUUGGAAGCUCGGUUUAAAACGCUAAGUGCGUUUGCUAUUAAAUAUCUUGAGAACCGCGGAGUGAGACAUCUGCCAGAUCUUAUUCGAUCUAGCAAACACAGCAAGAAAGUACCGGUGCAACAGUCAGAACACCACCUUAAGCUUAACAACCUGACCGUAAAAACGUUUGGAAAUAGCUUAAGCGAGCAGCAAUCAUACACUGUGAAAAGUGCAAUACCUACCUCAUGAUUAAAGCUUGACAGUGAGAAGGCAAUAACUGGAUUACGAAGGAAAACUGUGAGUGACUCUCCCACAAUAAGAAUUAUCGCAUUUUGAGGAUCAAAACACAAAAUGCAUGUCAGUAAAGACUCCACCACAAGCCCCAGUGAACUGAGCAGUGACGAUUGUUCCAUGCAGAGCAACACAACUGACUCAGGGACUGGCUCCCUUGUUCGGCCCAGCAGAGCCACUGAGCUCCUCAUAAGUGAGGCUUUGAACAACAACAUCAACUCUGCUCUUGACAAUCAAGACGGAAGUAACGCUACAUCACGAAUCAGUGAACCCAUUGAAAUUAAUCAAAGCAAACGGUUACAAGUCGCUGCCCAAGCUGCUAGACAGCGAAGGCGAAAGAAACGCCGGACCAGAGCUGCUGACAGCUUCUGUAAUGGCACCUUUGAAGACCUGUAUUAUAUCAAUGGGGAACUGCUUGGUGAGGGAGCUUAUGCCACCGUCUGGACCUGUAUUAAUAAAUACACACACAAAGAAUAUGCUGUAAAGAUCAUUGAAAAGCAUGUAGCAGGACACAGUCGCAUGAAAGUUUUUAAGGAGGUUGAAUUACUUCACCAGUGUGCAGGUCGACCAAACAUCCUACAACUCAUUGAGUAUUUUGAAACCAAUGAAAAAUUCUACCUCGUUUUUGAAAAGAUGUAUGGAGGCACACUCCUACACCGAAUCGAACGAUGCGAGCACUUUGAUGAGUGUGAAGCGGCGCGUGUCGUCCGUGAUAUAGCCACUGCACUCGCAUUUCUCCAUGACAAGGGAAUCGCGCAUCGUGACCUCAAGCCUGCCAACAUCUUAUGCGAAACUGCCGACAAGGUUUCGCCGGUUAAAAUUUGCGACUUCGACCUUGCAUCUGGUUGCCGCAGCAGCAUGAUGGAACCUAUCAAGACCCCAGAACUUUCUUCACCAGUCGGUAGUGCCGAGUAUAUGGCGCCUGAAGUGGUGGAUACCUUUGUUUUUGAGGAGUCUCUUUCCUAUGAUAAGCGCUGCGACAUUUGGAGCCUCGGUGUGAUCACAUACAUCAUGUUGAGUGGUCACCCGCCAUUUGUUGGUGCAUGUAGUGAAGACUGUGGUUGGGACGUUGGCGAAGCUUGCCAGACUUGCCAGGAUAUGUUAUUCGCAAGCAUCAAAAGCGGCGAAUACAGCUUCCCUGAAGAGCAAUGGAGCGGCAUAUCCAACGACGCAAAAGACCUAAUUUCGCAUUUAAUAGUCCGGGAUCGAUCAAUGCGUUACAACGCUCACCAAAUACUGGAACACCCUUGGAUCAAAGGCACAGCUUCAGAGACGCCUCUGUCCACCCCUCAGUUGCUGUCCAGACGUGACUCUUCAACGCACGACCUGACGCAAUUUGCGGCGCAUGCGGUCGCAUACGAACGUAAGCUCGCCUGCAACGACACAAGCACAAUAACUCAGGGAAUCAGCAACGUUCGCCUUUCAACUCCUGGUACUUCAGCGUUGGCACAAAGGCGACGUGGUGAAGCAGUGUCGUCCGUGUCGGAGUCGGAAGAGGUACAAGAAGGCGAGUUGAGCAGCGACCAUAGCUCGCCGCCUACGGAGGAGCCGAUAGCCCAGCGUUCGUGUGCCGUAGUGGCACGAAUGGUGAACAUGCAUGGCACUGCAAAGGCCACGUUGGGGUUCGGUUUGAAGACCAUUCAAGGCACGUAGGUCUCUCGACGCCAUAACUGGCAAUCAUCACUGUGUAAAAGAUCCACAUGCGUGUUUUGAUCUCCUGUUACGUUUCAGCCAUUCUUUAGUUCGACCGCCGCGUUGAUAGAAACGCGUGGUGCGACUUUUCUUUUCACUUCAUUUUAAAUAUACCGUCAUUGCGACGAAGUUAAUUUUGCGUUCCGUCGCCACCGUAGAGCAACUUGUCACCUACGUAUUCAACCCCGUGUAAAUAAUACGCCGCAUUCUACUCCGCGCACUCUUUUAGUUCGGCGCGCUCUCAGUUCUUUGUACAAAAAUUUCUCCCGCAUUUGCACUUUGUACAUACGCGGAACUGGCACCAAAAAAAAACAGUCAAAAAUCGCCGACAUUUUACACCAGAAAUUAAUCAACGCAUGGCUAUGUUCCAGUAGCCAUAACCCACUUAAUGCUGCUUCCCCUUUUGUUUUCGCUUUCUUUAUAAUCCCGGUCGCUGCGGAAUUCGCCUAGUAAUGAUAAGUCUAGCACGGGGCAAUAGAUAGUUACCUAUUAAUAAUCUCUACGUUCGCUAAACGUGCGUAACCGCGGGUGCUACAUGCCAAAUCGUCUGGGGGUAAUUACUUUUUUAUUAUUAUUAUUAUUACAAAUAUCAUUUUUAGCUUUUCCCGUAUAUAUGAGUCUUUCCUUUAAGGUGUACCGCCGCUACUAUAUCGCUUAAGCCAGCCGCGCUAACUUUUGUACAUUAUCUCUCGCCCUCGUUGGUGCUUGUACAUGUGUACAGCGUGUUCCAGUGUUCGGAUUUUGUUUCCUUUUUGUCCUAUACCGUUUUCUUUUAAACACAUCUGCAUCGCAAAAUUUGUGACUAUUUACCCAGCUUAAUUUUUUCCGCUUCAAGAGUUUUUAAAUAUUAACAAAAAAAAUUAAACUGCUACACUGGGAACCUAAGUUUCCCUUUGCCCUGUACUCACGCAGCACUGUGUAAAGAUCAUCCUGCCUUCAUUUGAACAACUGUCCUAUAUACCAACGCACAGUUAGUGCUCCCAAUGAUUUUUGUGCUCGUAUUAAUUUGUUGCAUUCUCACUUUUCACAGAGUUUUCACAAAAAAAAUCGGAAAUUUUGUUUUAAAACAAUUUAAAAAACCUUCCGUUUUGUUUUCCCUGGCUGAAGUUGAACGUAUUCCGUACUUACGUUGUUUCACCGUUUGUUUUUUUCACUUUGCCUUGUUAAUGCCAUUACGUUGCUUUUCUGUUUUGUAUUGUGUACAAGUUCAUUCGACGCCGCGGGGCAGUGCUCACUUUUGACGACUCGCCGUCCUGACCGCUUUCUGAAAACCUCACCACCGAUUCGGAAAGAUUAAUUGGUCGGCGGUGUUUUUGGCAGGAGUCGUUAAAAUGACACAGCCUCGGAGCGUCGACUCGUCUUUUGUAUAAUACUGUACAUUGGCCUGUAAAUUGCGCUGGUUCCAAUGCGACGCGCGUUUGUUUCGCUGGUAACACCGUUCGCCUGGUGAGCUCUCAACACUCCAGUCGUCGCAAAACAACCAAAACCGUCGUCGCAACUCGGUCAUAACACGCGGAACUCCGCCGCAAAAAUUAAAUAUUACACUGUGUUAAAACCGGUUCAAGAACCCCGGGACCCGUCGAACGGAGAGCCAGACUUCUAUGCACGGUUAACACCCAGCGCCCGAAGUUAAAUCAAAACUCGCAAGUUCAAUUUUACCCCUCUCCUCAAUACGUUACCCAUAACGAAUCGGCAGAAGCCGUUUUAGCAUUCCCGUUCAGGGAGCCGAAUAGGUGGUGUGGCUUGUAAUGACGCCUGUGCCAUGAUCUGUCGCUGCACCUGCCCAGCGCUGACUCGGCUUGUUUUUAGUUAUUGACAGUAUGUGUUCAAAUCAAAAAGUUCGUUGCAAUUUGUUCGUGUGUGCGAUCGGCGAAGUGCCUCUUCAUGCGCCAUAACAUCUUUCUAUACCAUUGUUGAAUUGACACGUCACAAUGUGCGAUUGUUCUUUUUAAGUCACGACCUGUUCUAAUAAACUCAUCCCAUAACGGGCAGAACGAAA